AUGUUCGGUGAAGUGGAAGUCUGCAGUAAUGUCAGAAUGGUUGCUGAAAAAUUGGACAGAAAUGGAUCAGUUUCGCAGAGGUCUAUUAUAACACAACUGUUGAAGGAGUUAUUGAGCACAAAGGCUAGCAAGGAUCAUGGUUACUUUCUUGCAGUAACUAAUUUGAAGAGCAUAGGCAAAGGGGAAGUGAUGAACAAGACGGGCGAUGUGUUGUUCUGUGUAGUGUUUAAUUGUCGAACCUUCAUGCCCAUGAAGGGAGAAAUUUUGCUGGGAGUUGUUCAUCGCACAUUUAGACAUGGAGUCCUAUUGAGAUGCGGACCUGUCAAGUAUAUCUUCCUCUCAGCUCGGAAAAUGCCUAAUUACCAAUAUAUUUCUGAGCAAAAUCCAGCCUUCUUGAAUGAUGAGCUUGCAAGGAUAGAAAAUAAUGUGGUGGUCCGUUUCUCUGUGCUUGACGUGAGAUGGAUAGAAAAAAUGUGGGAUAUGAGAAGGGAUUUCAUGAUGCUUGCAAGUUUAGUAGGUGAUUCCCUUGGACCUAUUUCAUCAUGUGGAUCCGGUGAAUUAGACUUAUAG